UGUUCAUCCAGAAUGGCGUAUGCCAAUCAUGAAAAGUAUAUGAUUUAGCUUUUCCAGCAUCGAACUUGGACACCACAACAAAGGGGUUCUAAUGGUUGGAAUGAUGGAGCAGGAGGACCGUCGCUGCUGAUGAGACUGAUAAGGUUCACUACUGAGGAUUGAAAGCCACGCCUUUUGUCGUAGGUGUGCGAAGAUUACUGGUGAGUUCUGUUGUAUCCAUGCAUUGCCCUGCGAAAUUUCUGAAAUGUUGAGGUUCUAAUCCGAUACAAGCGCAGGAAACGAGACAUUCGAGAAGCUCGGGCUGAUCGGAACCUUGUCCAACCUAUUGGUCUAUCUAACUGCUGUCUUCAACAUGAAGAGCAUCGCUGCUACUAAUCUCAUCAACAUUUUCCAUGGCACCACCAACUUCGCCACCUUGCUUGGAGCUUUCCUCUGCGACACUUACUUUGGGCGCUACAAGACGCUAGUGUUCGCCACCAUUUCCUCGGUUCUGGGAUUACUUGCACUUGCUCUAACCGCUGCAAUCCCAAAGAUGCAUCCCUGUGGAUCAGAGAAGAGCAGUACAUGCCCCAGUCCUAAUGCGGGGCAAAUGGCUUUCCUGCUAAGCGGGUUUGGUCUGCUAGUGAUUGGUGGAGCUGGUAUUAGACCAUGUAAUCUGGCAUUUGGUGCUGAUCAGUUCGACCCCAAUACAGAAUCCGGAAGGAUGGGAACUACCAGCUUCUUCAAUUGGUACUAUUUCACCUACACUUUCGCCGUGAUGAUGUCCUUAUCAGUCAUCGUUUACGUGCAGUCCGACGUGAGUUGGGCUUGGGGGUUAGCCAUUCCUGCAUUUCUCAUGUUCGUUUCACUUCUACUCUUCUUCACGGGUUCGAGAAUUUUCGUGAAAGUGAAACCAGAAGGUAGCCCCUUGACGAGCUUGUUGCGGGUGGUAGUGGCUUCGAUCAAGAAGAGGAAGUUGAAGUUACAUUCUCCAUCCCAACCAUGGCUCUCCCUCUUUCGUUACAUACCCUACAGCUCUAUCAACUCCAAGCUCCCCCGCACUAAUCAGUUCAGAUUCCUCGAUAAAGCCGCUAUCAUCACCACAAAAGACCAAAUCAACCAAGACGGAUCAGCAGUCAAUCCAUGGGGUCUCUCCAGCAUUCAACAGGUGGAAGAGGUGAAGUGUGUGAUGCGAAUCAUCCCCAUUUGGGCAUCAGGCAUGGUGUACAACGUAGCUUUAAUCCAGCAGCAGACGUAUGUCGUCUUCCAAGCACUUCAAUUCGACCGGCAACUCGGAAACACAAGCUUCAAGAUCCCGGCCGCGUCCUACGCCAUUUUCACCAUGAUUGGCCUCACUGUCUGGAUCCCCUUCUAUGACAGAGUCCUAGUCCCAUGGCUAAGGAAGCUCACAGGCAAAGAAGGUGGCAUCACACUACUUCAGAAGAUGGGCAUUGGCAUGGUACUAGCCAUCCUCACUAUGAUCGUGUCGGGCAUUGUCGAAGGAAACAGGAGAACUUUGGCACUUGCAAAGCCUGUUGGAUUCGACCCAAGAAGAGGUGCAAUCUCCUCUAAGCCAGGGCUAUGGUUGGUGCCCCAGCUGACACUUGUGGGCAUAUCGGAAGCAUUCACAAUUAUUGGUCUUGUGGAAUUUUACUACAAGCAGUUCCCAGAGAACAUGAGAAGCAUCGGUGGGUCCUUCACCUUCCUGGGCUUCGCGGGGUCGAGUUACCUGAGCAGUUUUCUCAUAUCCAUUGUUCACCAAACCACUGGUGGAGGAGAUGGGAAUGGGGGAUGGUUGGCUCAAGAUCUGAACAGGGCGAAGUUGGAUUAUUUCUACUACUUGGUUGCUGCACUGGAGGGCUUGAACUUAGGUUACUUCAUCAUGUGCGCUAGGUGGUACAAGUACAAAGGCAGUGAAGACAGUGAUCUUGCAGUUGACAACGAAGAAGUUAACUCAGAAAAAGUUGCUGUGUGAUCAAUCUGAAGGGUAUUACUUGUCUAUAACGAGUGACUUUCUUGUAUCAACCAAUAAGAAAUGGAAUGAAUACCGGUCGGCCGGAUGAUUACAGUUGAUGAAAGUCAGAUGACAGUUGGGGAG